CUUUGGUCAUGCUGAUACGGUACACUGCUCUUCUGCUGUCAAGCGGAUAGCGGCCCUCUAUGGGCGCUGUACUGUCGUACGCCGUGAGCUCCCCAGGGAGCUGUUUCAUUGGCGAGGAAAGCGAGGCUGAUGGUGCUCGUCGCCGUGUGAGGCCUCCAGUACAACCUGGUUUAUUUUUAGCCAUUUGCCAUGGGGUCUAGAACGCAUGAGCACUGGCUUGCAUGCUACGCGUAUGCAGGUGCUGUGUUAUCUUCUAUGCCAUGAAGAGAUUGGAAAUGCGAGUUGAAGAUUGUGCUCGACCACUUCCAACUUCUCAGGAAUGCCUUGCGCGUACGGAUCGUUACAGCGCUGAGGACAUCGACCCCCCAUGCAGGAUAUGGACAGAUUCUGGUGGCUGACAUAACACUCAUUUGCAGGUACGACCAGUAUAUAGAUGAGAAGGAGAACCCUUUCGACGACAACAAGAGAAUUCCUGAGCCGACUAUUCCCCUCGCUGCACCGCGCCCUGGGUAUGCCGCCCCUGUAGCUGCCCUCAACCUUGCGCGCCCCAGCCCCGUCGCCACCCCUGAGGGUCGCUUGCCGUCUUCUCCGGAGAUGUCUCAAUUUGGUGACAGCAUGGUGAGCCAGGGGGGCAUCCCAAAUGCUCCUCAUCCCCUUCAACCGCCUAUGGUCCCCAUUGCGCCUGUCUUUGCCCGCCCUUCCACCGCGACGUCUCGUGACGUCAAGUUCGCCGCCACGCCGAUCAUGCGCGGGGAGACCGAGGACACCGUUUUACGUCCGCGUGGCGCACAGGGCGACGAUUUCUGGCGGAGGUUCAGCAUGGUUGCGAAGGAGGAUAUGGCUACCCCUCCUGGUCAGAAACAGAGCAUGUGGCUCCGCAAGACGCAAAACGGCACCACGCGUAUGUCUCGUUGGGUUUGGUUUGUUGGCUUGAUUCUCCUCCUUAUCGUCGCCGGCGCCAUUGGUCUUGGUUGGUGGGUCGCGCACAACAACACCACCCACACCGCGCCAAAGGCAAUCGGCGGAAGCGCGGACGAGAAGUCCAUCGAGUCUGCCUCCUCCGCCGCAGCCGCCCAUCUGGCAACAUCUUCCAGCACAUCCUUGCAUGUGUCACCGACUAACACGGUCGCGAGGCGCGCUGAUGAGCCUAUACCAACGUCUGUUGUAUACCCCGUGCAUGCUCGCAGCCCGAACUCGCACCAUGUCCACGUCGUGCGGACGCACCAUCGCGGCCGUCGCAGUAGCCCUGUGAAACGUAACACCACGUACUAACUUAUUGGAUCGGAAACACCCUCGAGGCCCCGCACCAGUACCCCCACCACCGACGCCCAUACCCGUCUUCAGCCCGUGACUCCGCCUGGGAUUGGUGUAACCAGCCCGGUCACCCACGUCCCGUCCGCUCGUUAUGACCUAUUACUGACAUCCGCCCCCUCCCUUCGAUCCACAUCCCACGAGGUCUGCCAUCUUCUAUCCAUCCAUUUAUGUCUCUCGUCAUCGUCAUCUCUCAACACACUUCUUGCAACCCACCAUGGGAAGCUUUCACGAGUUGGAUAUUGAUCUUGCGACGUUCCCUCACAUAUGCAUUGCAGUGCCGCACAGGAUUAUCGCGCCGCUCUGUCCGUCCGUGCUAUGAUACCGCUUCGUGCUGCUUUCCGAUCCUCCGUGCCACGAUGCCUCUGUCAUUUGCUGGAGCUGCUCUCAUGUGUUACUGAGGCGAUCUACCCCCCUAAUGCUUCCGGCGCUUCGGUCUUCGUACUAUCCAUACUCGUUCGUGGGCACCUGCCUGCCGUGCUGUACCUACUACCUACCGAGACGCAUUGUGGUAUAUACAUAGCCCA